CAUGAUCGUUUGCUGAAGGCUACGGUAUUAAAUGGCAACCCCUCGUCGCAACGGGCAGCUUUCUUCCUGCGAGCCAUGCAGAAAAGCCAAGCUACGAUGCGACCACCAGAGUCCCGUUUGUGGACGAUGUCUCAACACCAAUCGAAAUGAGCUCUGCUUCUAUCACCCAGCUCCUCAGACCCAGCCGCGUGCAUCCCCCAUUGGCGUUUCAUCACGAAGAUCAAGAAAGCAAAGACCAAACAAUCAGGUCACCUUUCGUGUGGAUAAGAGAAUAUCCACCGCAGCCGCGCAAGGUCCGCUGCCAGCUUUGCCGUCGGGUUUGUCGCCGGUGAUCGAAGACGCAAAGACACUAUGCGACCAGCUCCUCCCGCGAUGCGCUGGAAAGAACAAACGGAACCAAAGACCAGGUCUUUUCGGGUUGAUCUCACCCCAAGACAUCUUUAGCGAGUAUGAAGAUAGCUUGCAAAACGAUGAUCUCGCUCCUGAAGCGGCGGCAUCGACGACCACGGCUCACCCAACCGACCGUGACUCAGGUCAAAUCAAGCGUGGGGCUCAGAUUCUGUUGCUCCUGCAGAAAGUCCGUUGGUUCCGUGCGAUCAUUGAGCUCAAGAACAAGACCUCACCUGGAUGGGUUUUAGGCCCUGCUUUGACACGUGUCCUGUGCGAUUCCAUGGAGAGGAUGUACGACUCGGCCGUGGGUGGCUCUCCGGACACGCACGCAUCCUUACUACGCCUGUCGCGCCAGAUCUGUACCAACACAUCGGAGGAUAUCCGAACGCACGCAGCCAUGAGCGCCAACGAGUAUUUUGAGUCGAUCACGGCACGGUGGGAGACCGUCGGUCUCUUCUUUGCAUUGCUUGGGACAGCACUGUUCAAUACCCCCGACAGCGAUCCCGUAUUCACUAAUCAAAACCCGUCAGAACUUGAUCCCCUUUGCUGGCUCAUGAUCCAGCAGGUACCCCUUCUGACUUCGAUGUUUGGGGAUAGCGACUACAGAGUGUGGCAGAAGCUCGGAGACUUAUCGACCAUCGUUUAUGCAUUCGGUCUGCAUCAAUCCGAUCGAGACGUUCAACCAAGCCUCCCCUUCUUUUUGGUGGAGAUCCGGAAGCGGGUGUUGGUAAGCGCGUAUGCAAUGGACAAGGAGCUGGCAACCUCUUUAGGGCGUCCCCCCCGGAUCUGCUCGCGAUACUGUCAUCUCCCGCUUCCCUUGGAUAUUUCCUAUGAGGAGAUGGUUCUUCCUGGUACCACGGAGGAGACCGCACUACUGAAACUUGAUGCGAAUGGUUGGAACACAGAAGGGAGAUUCACGGUGGGUGUCAAGUUUCGCGUCGUGUUGAUGACGAGUCUGCUGCGAGAAAACACCUUAGAGCUGUCGCUAAGCCCCGAGAUCCGGAAUCUUACAGCCAAAGUCGAAGACUUGAUCCAAGAGUGCCGAAAGGUGCAACAAAGCCUGCCUACCUUCAUGCGUUGGUCGGCCGAGGAAGCGGCGACGGGUGCAUACCGCUCAGCCCAAGACGAGGGCCGCGUCUUCGCACACAUGGAAUUCACCUACCAGGAGUUCUUGUUGCAUCGCAUCCUACUCAAGCGCCUGGGGGUCACAUCACUAGGUCUUAUAGAGAGCGCCGUUGAUAUUCUGACGACACUGCUGGACAUCAUUGCCAUGCAAGCUCGAUCGGGGAAGUCCGCUAUCAAUAUGUCCUGGGAUUUGUGCUACAUGGGCCUGCCUGCCGCGGGUGUGCUGACCUCGCAACUACUUGCCGGGCGCAAUUCCCAGAUACCACCGUCGAGCCCGCCACCGCUACCGGCCAACUUCCGCUCCCGCGCCGUUCAGAAGCUAAGUGUCUUUGUUUCCCAUCUGACGUCGCUAGUGCAGAACCACGAAGGGAAUUAUGAGGUGGCCCAAAAGGGGGCGAAAUUCAUUCGAUGGGCAUUGGACCAGGUCCUUUCGCCCCCGCCAGUUCCGCACCCGGCUGUAUGGAAUGAGAACCCCGACCUGCCGCAGGGCUGGCUUCUGGACAGUGAUUUGACUGAGGACUUUGACUUUUUGGCAUGGUGUGAUACUGUGAAUUGGUCGCAGGACUCCUUUUUAAGUCUUGCAUGA